CCGCCCCGCGCCGCGCCGCGCUCCCCCCAAGAUGGCGGCGCCCUUGGCGCUGCAGCUGCGGGAGCUGCUGGACCCCCGGCCCGCCCCGCGGGACCCCGAGGAUGAUGCGGAGGAAGCUACAGUUGCUAAAGUGAUUGACAGAUUUGAGGAUGAAGCCGCGGAUGACAUUUUGCCUGUGGGUAAUAUCAGGAAAAGAGCCUCAGCCUCUCUCCUGGAAGCUGAUAAGAGGUACAGUGGAAAAGCCACAUCUCGGAAAGCUCUGCAGGAGGAGCUCUGGGGAGAUGCUGUGUCUGAGGAAGGAUCUGCUGAAGAAGCACUGGAUGACUGGUACAGUGGCAGUGAAGGCUCAGAAGAGGAGGACAGCGUUGGCCCUGAGGGCAGGGAGAAGCCUGGCAGUGCUGGCAGUGAGCAGGAGGAUGAGCUGGAGGAUGAUGAAGAGGCCAAGGCCCCAAAGUUCAGCUCCCAGAAUAUCACAGACUUUGAGAAGUUUACAGAGGGCAUGGACGAUGCAGGGAGCAGUGAAGGCGAGGAUGGAGACGAGGAUGAGGGUGAAGAUGAUGCUGACAUGGAAGAAGGAAGUGAGGAGGAGGAGGAGGAGGAAUUUGGGAGUGAAAACCACGAUGAUGGAAAAGAAGCCAAAGACAGUGAAGAUGAUGGGGCAGUGCUGACCUUCUCCAGAGGACAGGAGUCUGAAGAGGUGGAGAAGGGCAAAGCUGUGAGGAACCAGCUAGCCCUGUGGGAUCAGCUGAUGGAAGGGAGGAUCAAGAUGCAGAAGGUGCUCCUGACAGCCAACAGGCUGCCCCAGCCAGACACCUACCCCAGGUUCAGGGAGGAGGGGGGACAGGACUUUGACCACGCUGUGGAGAACUGUUGUAAAGCCCUGGAGGCCUUGCUGAAAGUGCUGGUGGAACUUCAGGAUGAGCUGCUUUAUCAGUACCCAGGCACGAGGCACCUGGUGGAUGGAAAGCAAGCAAAAACUGAGAGCGAGGAUGAAAUCCUGAGCAGCAGCGAUGAGGAGCCGGUGGAGAAGGCUCAGGAGAAGAGGAGGAGCCUUCCCAAAAGGAAGCUGAAGUUUGAGGAGUACCCUGAGUUCAUAGCCAAGCGCUACAGGGACUUCAGGAGCUACAGGAACAGCACCCUGCAGAAGUGGCACGACAAGACCAAGCUGGCAACUGGCAAAAUGGGCAAGGGCUUCGGAGCCUUGGAGCGCUCGGUGCUGGCGCAGAUCGAGCACGUGCUGCUGGACAGGGAGCGACUGCUGCGGCGCACGCAGACCCGCCGCUCCCUCUACAGCGUGCUGGGCAAGCAGGAGCAGCAGCCUGCCCCAGCCCCUCAGCCUGGGCCUGGCAACUCGGAAGUCCUCCCUCCCUCAGACUCCAACAGGCACCUGAAGGACAUUGAUGAGGAGAUCUUUGAUGAUGAUGACUUUUAUCACCAGCUCCUGCGAGAGCUGAUCGAGCGGAAGACCACGGCCCUGGACCCCAACGACCAGGUGGCCAUGGGCAGGCAGUGGUUGGCCAUCCAGAAGUUACGGAGCAAAAUAAAGAAGAAAGUGGACAGAAAAGCCAGCAAAGGCAGGAGAAUCCGGUACCACGUCCACAGCAAGCUGGUGAGCUUCAUGGCACCUAUUGACCUGUGCACAAUGAAUGAUGAUGCCAGAACGGAGCUGUACCGGUCGCUGUUUGGAAAAGUCACGAAGGGAGAAGAACCAGAGCAGGAUUAGGAGCUGGGAUGGAGCUCCUGGUGCUCUCCCAGCUGCUCCUGCCCUCAGGCUGCCCAGCAGCAGAGCCAGCUCUCUCCAGCCUCUGGUUUGUCCCCAGAAUCCUCCCUGAAGGAGCCCCAAACCCUGCUAAACCAGAGGGAAGAGUGAGCCUGGAACGCUUCCUCCCAAAGAAAAUCCAUUUUUAACUACUCCCUUUAAAUUCCUGACCUUGAUGUUGCAGCCUGGGCACGGUGUGGGGGGAGGAACACAAUCCAGCCCCCCUGCAGCUGGGUCCCCCACAGCUGUGCUAAAACCUUGGGGAUUUGGGGGCUGGGGGGGUUCAGCGCCCUGCUCUGGUGCUUGGCUGCAUAUUGACUUCAUUCCUCACCAGUGCAGGGGAUUUAAAUGUCAUUUCCAUAAUUAACGUGGCCUUAAAACAGAGGGAAGGUGCUCCCGUGCAGGCACCAGAGCUCCCAGUGCCCGUCCUGGCUGCUGAGCACACACUGAAGGGGCCCUUGGGGCUGGCCCAGCUUGGUGCUGCCCUCAGCUGUGCCACCCCUCCUGUGUGACACCUGUGGCACCUGUGCCACCCCUCCCGUGUGACUCCGGUGUCCUCUGUGCCUCCUGUGUCACCUGUGCCACCUCUCCCGUGUGAUUCCUGUGUCCUCUGUGCCACCUGUGUCACCUGUGCCACCCCUGUGUGCCACCUGUGCCACCCCUCCCGUGUGACUCCGGUGUCCUCUGUGCCUCCUGUGUGCUCUGUGCCACCUCUCCCGUGUCCUGUGUCCCCUGCAGCCCCGGGGCUCUCUGGUUUUUCGGGGCAGCAGGAGCCGCUUUCCCGUGUGAUGAUUUCUCGCUGUUGUGGGGAGAUAAGAGCCCGAGCCGCGCUGAGCAGCGCCUUGGAAUUCACUUAUCAGCGUUUCAGCAGCCGCUCCCAUCCCCGCGGCUGCCACCACCUGGCCCGGGGACACGGGGACACGGGGACAGGCACAGGGGUGCCAGACUGACCUGGCUGCAGAGGGCAGCGCUGGCUCGGCAGGGAAAGGGACCCUGCCUGGUGAGGGGGCGUGCAGGCAGAGGGCAGCCCGAGGGGCUCUGCCAUGGGGGGACAGGAGCAGGGGGACAGUGCCUGCCUCGUGUCCCCAGGCUGCCCCACGUGAUGGUGUCCUGCACGGGCACAGGGGGACAGUGCCUGUCCCGUGUCCCCAGGCUGCCCUGGGUGAUGGUGUCCUGCACGGGCACAGGGGGACAGUGCCUGUCCCAUGUCCCCAGGCUGCCCCAGGUGAUGGUGUCCUGCACGGGCACAGGGGGACAGUGCCUGUCCCGUGUCCCCAGGCUGCUCUGGGUGAUGGUGUCCUGCACGGGCACAGCUCCCUGAGCGUUCCUGGGCACACAGAAAGAACCAGGGUGAUUGCCACCAAGAUUUCCUAAUGCUGCCAAUUACCAGUGAGUGAGAUCUUCCCUUUCCCCCCCUCCAACAGAAUAUUAAUUCUUUAUUAAUUCAUGAUACAGCUGCUAAUUAGUACCUCCAGAAAUGGGCAUUACACCUUAGCAGAACACUCGGAGGUGUUUUGGGGACGGGGGUGUGCAGAGGGAGGGACAGAGGGUUGCGUUAAUCCUCUCCCCCCAACCCCGCCACAGCCAAGAAUUUCAACUUUCAGACAAACAACUUCAUUUACAAGUGUGUCUCUAAUUAGCUGCAGAAUUAGUAAAGCAGAGUUUUCCCCCCAUAGAUCGGCCAAAGCCCCGGGGGAGGCUCUGGAAUGGAGAGAAUCGCAUUUCCAAUUAUUUUGUUGAAUUGCUAAUUUAGUUAUUGUGCCUGGCGUAAUUGUGAUGGGUAUUGGGUGUGCAAUUCAAUUUGUUUUAAAUAUUUGUGGGAAGGCUGAUCAGUAAUGGAGCUGACCUAUUUCAUGGCCCAAAUUGAGAGAAGAGACUAAAACAAAAAACAGCCACAAA